AUGGCUGUAUCCCCAGUGUCCUUCUCGUCUUCCUCCUCCUCCUCCUCCUCUCCCUCCUUCCUCUCCUCCCGCCUCCUAGGCACGAUCAUCCGCGUUACAUGCCUCCUCGCUUGCCUCGCCAUCAUCGCCUUCCUCAGCGUGAGCUACUGGGCCCUGAAGGCCACUAAUCUCACGCCACGUGUCGAGGAGUUUAGGGACCACUGGGACUCGUGCGUGAAUCAGCCCAUGGGCCACUGGGUCAAGCUCGCGGUGCCGUCGUCGCAUGGCGUGCCGUGCUCGCACAUAGUUAAAGCGGCGAUUAAGAGGGGCGAGGCCGGAGUGGAGCGAGGCCGGGUGCUGCAUCGGCUGCAGCUCAAGGAGCAUCCGGGAAGGGACGGCUGCGCGGUAAAAUACGACGCUGACGUGGACCCCUGGGAUAUGCAUCCCGUGCCACAUGGCAAAUACUCCUACUCCUCCUGCCGCGUGGAGUGGAUCAUCUACUCUUCUGACUGCGGACUCAGCAUGGUUCGAAUGGCGGAUUUCGCGCACAUGGUGGCCAUUCCGUUCGCCGUGGUGGGGGUGGGCGUCCCCUGGAGAGGCCAGGGCGGCCGCAUGCGGACUAUCCGCGACUACCUCCGCUCGCUGCCGCCCGACCGCAUCGUCAUUUCCACCGACGCCGACGACGCCUUCCUCAUGCCAGGCCCCCACUGCCGCCCGGAGAAUCUCGUGGAGGCGUUUCUCUCCCUCAAUGCGCCCGUGGCAUUCGGAGGGGAGAUCUUCUGCUACCCGGACUGGCGGAAAAUCGAGCGUGCAUACACCCUCGGGUUUAUCGGCCAGCAGUACCUCUUCAGGCACCUCCCCCGCGUGCCCUACCCUGAAGCCAGCGACUUUGAAUCCGCUCUCAGCAGCAUGGGUAGCGUCACUGCGGCUGUUGCCGCCCAGGAGCGAUUCGCCGACUCGCCGUUCCGCAAGCCGUGGCGCAACCCGCGCCCCGUGCGGUACAACACGACCAUGUCGCCGUUCCACCGGCUGCCGCCCGCGUCAGAAGAGAAGGUGAUCAGCGAGGCGAUGGAGGCGGGGCAGAAGGAUGCUCCGUCUGUCAUGGCUGCUCCGUUCAUGAAGCUGGAUCAUUACAACACGCUGUUCACGCACCUGGGUGGGUAUCCUUGGGAGGAGUUUGAAGUGGUGGGGAAGGGUGGAGAGGCGAUGGUGCGUGCAAAGAGCACAGGCGGCAUGGCGUGUAUUUUGCAUCAGCAGGGGGACAAGAUGAAGAAUCUGUCCAUGUAUUAUGUGUUUGAGCAGGCCAGGCUGGAUGAUGUGCAGGCUGCACGGGGGUAUAUUUAG